AUGGUGUCUGAGGUCUCACCAUACGCCGUCGACUUUGAGUGGGACGACAUCAACGACAUCAAAGAAAUGACGUCAAUCGUGGCAGACCUUGGCCGAGCGACGGCAAUGAUGCACGGUGCUGCAGACGAAGACAGCGAGCACUCCGGGCUUGUGCAGUUCAGCACCGAAAAGGCGAUCGAUGAGGCGAUUUCGAAGGAUGAGGCAGGGUUCGAGCCGCUGUUGCAGAAUUUCGCGCACAAGUACAGCGCGCGGGUGAGGGAGGAUCAUCGGGUGUUUGUGGAUAUGUUCCGGAAUGGACAGAUUCCUGGAUUGCCCAAUCAGUAG